UGAGAGAAAAAAAAGAAGAAAAUAGCGUACACUGUCUGUGCUGAAGGAGCAUCUCGUAAGUUUUACACAUGUUAGCCAUCAUGUUAGUAGUCAUCGUAGCGUUGGUCAGUUCAGUCGUGUUCUUCAAGCGUUGCUGGAAAGCUUUGGAAUAAUUGUUCAUCCUAAGUAUACUGUAAAAUCAAUAUGAUUUUAAAUGUGUAACAGAUCUAUCUUGUGAAUAAAGUGGGGUGAAACCACUGCAGAGUAAUACAUCGCACUUUAAGGAUUAAUUGCUAAAAAAUGAAGAACGAAACAGCGUUACCCUAAAAAGGAAACCACUGCAUUAACAGGGAAGAAGUUCAGUACCGUCGCAGUUGUUAACAAGUGCACAAAUCAGUGUAAUAAUAAUAAGUGUUGAUUGAUGCAUAAAUGAGAUGAUAAGUGUCAGAUGCAAAGCAGAUUAAUUAGCUGAAAUUCAACUGAAUGUAAUAAGUGAAAAUUCGUGUGGAAUUCAAGUGGGAUUAAAAUUGUGUAAGCCAUAUUUGAUUCAAAUAUCGAAAAUGCAAGAAGUAUGCAGUUCAGUGGAUCAUUUGGGAGCUCCGGUAAAGUCGGAAACCCCGUCGGUCUCCUCCAUACCGGGAAAUAUUCUAGCAGAACCAGAUACAGCACCUUCACAGCCCCACUCUCCAUUACAUCAACCAGUGACACACUUAAAUCGAAAAUCUACAGUUUGUGAAAAACCCAACAGAAGUGGUGUUCAUAUUUCUUCGAAUACGGAUUUAACUCCACAAACCCAAGUGCAUCCAGACUCAUCCUAUUGGAUGCAAAAUGAAAGUGGAUUUAUCAAUUCUCAACCGUCAAUGGCUGAAUUCUUAACCCACAUCGACUCCGAAAGUCCCAAGUUAAUUUCACAAGGAUAUACAGUAGGAGUUAGCGAAAACGUGGAUGCUGUGCCUGAAUAUCCGUGGAUGAAAGAAAAAAAGACUGCUAGGAAAAGUCAAACUCAAGCUGAAUUUGUUGCUGAAAAUGGAUUACCAAGACGCUUGAGGACAGCAUAUACAAACACACAACUACUGGAACUAGAGAAGGAAUUUCACUUCAACAAAUAUCUGUGCCGACCUCGACGAAUUGAAAUUGCAGCAAGUUUGGACCUCACUGAACGGCAGGUAAAGGUUUGGUUCCAAAACAGACGAAUGAAACACAAGCGCCAAACCUUAUCAAAAACUGACGAUGAAGACUCUGCUAAAGAUGAUUUAAAAGACUCUAAUUCGAAAAAAUCCUGCCAAGGCUGUGAACUGCCAUCAGAUGAUAUUCCUGAUUCUACUUCAAAUUCAAGAGGUCUAAACAAUUGCACUCCGAGUAAUGCUGCAACGCCAAAUUCGACUGUAGAAAUAGGUACUCCUACCGGAAAUAUCAUAAAUGCAGAUUCGAGUGUAGCAUCUUCUGGUAGUAUUGAUGAAGAUGAAGAAAUCCAUAUCAAAGUUAAAAGGAAAGCAGACAAUUCCACGACACCGAAAAAGGAUUCACACUUACCAAUAAGAUCAACAAGUCAAAUGAAGAAACAUGAUGUGCUGAGUAAAGAUCCAAGCAACUGUACUGCAUCAGGUCCAGCUGCAUCUAAUGUAAUAUCUUCAACUGAGUUAGUCACCAACGCUAAUAUACCGACUCAAUUCAACCAAGCUGGACCAAUUGGGACAUUUGCCAUAGCUAGGACCAAAUCACAAACGCAUUCAAAUUUUGAAAAUGCUUCGUCAGUCAGCAUGAACGGUUAUUAUAGUGGUAUACAUAAGCCGGAAUACUUUAACAAGGCUGAUUUUGGAUAUAAUCAGUACUCCAAAUCAGUACCUUCUAAUCAGUUUGUAACUCAAAAUGCAAUAGGUCAAAAACAUGAAUUAACUUCUUCUAUAAAUGUUAAAAACUUCUGCUCUAGAUUGCACUCUGACGGACCAAGAGGUCACCCACAACACGAUGGGUUUACUCAUCAGAAUCCACACUAUUAUGCUGGAGAACUUGGUGGAGCACAGCCCAAUGCUUCAUUCAGUAGUGCCCAAUGUUAUCACAAUGAGUAUGAUUCAGUUCAAGCUGAACUGAACAGCAGCUAUAGCCAAUCGUAUUAUUACGAAGGAGCAUCUUAUCACCACCAUCACCAUCACAAUGCGAUUGGGCCAGCAAAUUUGCAUCCACCAAUGGAGUACCAACCAAACUCCAGCUUUUCGAGUACAGAAAAUUCAGAAAGUUACAAUUUUCAUCAGUCAUAUUACGAUACACCUACUAUUAAUACAUCGUUUCCACAUGGUGCAAACAAUAACAAUACGACAAAUAUUAUAGAACUAAACCAUCAACAAUUGGGUCACGAUAUGUAUGCAACCCACAGCAGUAUGCCUGUAAAUUACGGACCAAACAAUGUAAAUCUGGUUGGUAACAAUUCCAACACGAACAUAACACAUAUGGAAAAUUCCAACUCUUCUUCUGAUUUCAACUUUUUAAGUAAUUUAGCUAAUGAUUUUGCACCUGAGUACUAUCAAUUAAGUUAAUGGAUUUGUCUGUUUUUAUGUUACAGUUAAUAUUUAAUAAUAAGGCUAUGUAUUUUUGUAAAUAAAAUAGUAUCAAUCGAAAAUGAUAACUUAAGAUUUUGUAGCAGCUUCUAUAUUUGAGAAAUUGUAAUGUAAAUUUAGACAUCUUAUUGUAUUGUAUCAGUGAAAAAUAUGUUUCAGCACCUAAUAAACAAUAAACAUUGAUUAAGAAUCAACUAAAACUAUUACCUUUUAUUUGCAGGCGGAUCUUUGUUAAAUAAAAUACAGUGCAGUUAAUUUGUUUUAUAAGCGAUUAUUUCAUUACUAACAUUAGAAGGAGCGGCCGUGGCUGACUGGUUACGGUGUUCGCUUUGUUAGCGAAUGGUUCUGGGUUCGAUUCCCAUCUGCUCCCAACGAGAAAGUUAAGAACAUAGAAAUCUGAAAUGAUGAAUAUGAACGAAAAAUCAAAGUCGCUCGAGGCGGGGUUCGAUCCUCCGUCCUUUGGAUUGGUAAGCAAAAAUGCUAACUACUAGGCCAUGACGACUUGGUGUUGUUGUUCGAACACUCUGUGCUCAACCUCAACCCAAUAGGGGGAUGGCGUCGCUAUUUUUAGACCACGUUUUCCACUUUUUCUCAUCGAAACCGACUACUUUAUCGACUUCAUUUUGCUGGGCGAGAUU